AUUUUCAAGGGAGAAGGCGGAGCUGUCAAAGUUUUCUGUUUAGGGCUAGACAAGUUCUGUAAGAAGUAGCUACCUUGAAUGACACGUUCCGAACUCAACCAAUUCAAUCCAAUACGGCGCUAGCAUGGAAUAAAGAGUUUUCUGUUCGGAACGAAACGACUGAUGAAAAAAGUUAUGGCAAAACCACAUGAGAUUGGAAUCAUUGCAAUUCUACUAGUUUCCUUGGGCUGUUGUGCUACGCCGGAAAAGAAAGUAUGCCAAGGUUCCAACAACAAGCUGACGCUCCUGGGCACGGUGGAAGACCACUACCAAAACCUGGUGAAGAUGUUCAGCAACUGCACCGUGAUCCUGGAGAAUCUGGAGAUCACGUACACCACUGACAAACACGACCUGUCUUUCCUGAAGAAAAUCCAGGAGGUGGGUGGCUAUGUGUUGAUUGCGCUCAACGAGGCCACCAAGAUACCACUGGAGAGCCUGCGUAUCAUCCGAGGCCAUACCCUGUACAAUGACAAGUAUGGGCUGGCGGUGCUGUCCAACUGCAACAAGAGCACUGGAGCAGCCACCAAGGAGCUUGAGCUGAGGAAUCUCACAGAAAUUAUCAAAGGAGGUGUGAAGUUUUCACACAACUGCAUGUGCUACGUGGACACAAUACAGUGGGCAGACAUCGUCAACAUGAAGAACAACCCAAGCAUGGACUACCCUACGCAGAGGACUGAGAGAUGCAAGAAGUGCGACUCGGGGUGCUACAAUGGAUCCUGCUGGGGUCCAGGUCGACAGAACUGCCAGAAGGUUACCAGGGUGAUCUGUGCUGCGCAGUGCUCGGGUCGCUGCAAGGGCUCCCAGCCCAACGACUGCUGCAAUGAGUACUGUGCGGCCGGGUGCACCGGACCCCGGCCCACUGACUGCCUGGCCUGCAAAAAUUUCUCAGACAACGGGACGUGUAAGGCUAACUGUCCUCCCCCCUACAUCUAUGACAGCAACCUGCACCAGCUGGUCCCCAACCCAAAUGGCAUGUACAGCUUUGGAGCCACCUGUGUGCAAAAAUGCCCUCAUAACUAUGUGGUGACAGACCAUGGGGCCUGCGUGCGAACCUGCAGCCCCCAGCACUAUGAGACAGACGAAGGAGGCGUCAGGAAGUGCAAACCAUGCGAGGGUUUGUGUCAAAAAGUUUGCAACGGCAUCGGAAUGGGAAACCUGGUAGGCGUCCUGUCCAUUAAUGCCAGCAACAUCGACUCCUUUCAAAACUGCACCAAAAUAAACGGUGACGUGGCGAUACUCUACACAACUAUUCAUGGGGAUAAACACACAAAUACUUCAAAGCUGGAUCCUGCCAAGCUGAGUAUAUUUGAAACAGUGAAAGAAAUUACAGGAUACUUGCUGAUCCAGGACUGGCCUGCAACCAUGAACUCCUUAAGUCCCUUCAAAAACCUUGAGGUGAUCCGUGGGAGAACAAAGAAACAGAGUGUUGUGAGUUUUGCUGUGAUCAACACCAAUAUCGAGUACCUGGGCCUCCACUCCCUGAAGAAGAUCAGUGAUGGUGAAGUGUUUCUCAUGAAGAACAAGAACCUCUGCUACAUCACCGAGCAACCAAUGAAACGCCUCUUUGAGCUGCCCAGCCAGAAGGUCAACAUGAAGGAAAAUAAAGAUGCAGUCGCUUGUGCUGCGGAGAACAGAACGUGUGACGAGAUGUGCACGGCCGAGGGAUGCUGGGGACCAGGGCCCGACAUGUGCUUCUCCUGUUUACACAUGAUACGCGCUGGACGCUGCGUGGCCUCCUGCAAUAUAUUUGAAGGUGAACCGCGUGAGUGCGAGGUCAACCGGUCUUGUGUGCUGUGUGACACAGAGUGCCGGCCUUUGAACGGGAGCCUGACCUGCAGUGGACCGGGUCCUGACCAGUGCACAGAGUGUGCCAACUUUAAAGAUGGCAUUCAUUGUGUCCCGUGGUGCCCUCACGGCGUGCCUGCUGAAGAUGGCUCCAGCAUUUGGAAAUACGCUGACAGCAAAGGAGUGUGUCAGCCCUGCCACAAGAACUGCACCCAAGGAUGCACGGGCCCAGAGCUGGAAGACUGCAAAGACUACAUGACAUCAAGCUUGUCGAUGGUGGCUGCAGGGGUAGUCGGUGGCCUGCUGGCGUUCGUCAUCCUGGCACUGGGCGUGUUUGUGCUGUUGCGGAGACGCCAUAUAAAGAGGAAAAGGACGCUUCGCCGACUACUGCAGGAGAGAGAGUUGGUGGAGCCCCUGACACCUAGUGGAGAGACGCCCAACCAGGCAUUGCUCCGAAUCCUCAAAGAGACCGAGUUCAAAAAGAUCAAAGUGCUCGGAUCCGGGGCUUUUGGCACCGUGUAUAAGGGCCUGUGGGUCCCCGAGGGCGAGGACGUGAAGAUUCCAGUGGCCAUCAAAGUAUUGAGAGAAGCCACCUCACCAAAGGCUAACAAGGAGAUUUUAGACGAGGCGUACGUGAUGGCCAGUGUUGAGCACCCGCACGUGUGUCGGCUGCUGGGCAUCUGCCUGACCUCCACGGUGCAGCUCAUCACCCAGCUCAUGCCCUACGGCUGCCUGCUCAACUAUGUCAAGGAGAACAAGGACAACAUCGGCUCCCAGUACCUGCUCAACUGGUGUGUGCAGAUCGCCAAGGGGAUGAACUAUCUGGAGGAUCGUCACUUGGUGCACCGCGACUUGGCGGCGAGAAACGUCCUGGUGAAGACUCCGCAGCAUGUCAAGAUCACCGACUUCGGGCUGGCCAAGCUGCUGAGCGCGGAUGAGAAGGAGUACCACGCAGAUGGAGGAAAGGUCCCCAUAAAAUGGAUGGCCCUGGAGUCUAUACUUCAUCGGACGUACACCCACCAAAGUGAUGUUUGGAGUUACGGUGUGACUGUGUGGGAGCUGAUGACCUUCGGGACGAAGCCCUACGACGGCAUACCAGCCAGCGAGAUAGCCAGCGUGCUGGAGAAGGGGGAGAGGCUGCCCCAGCCCCCCAUCUGCACAAUCGACGUCUACAUGAUCAUGGUGAAAUGCUGGAUGAUUGAUGCUGACAGCAGGCCACGCUUCCGAGAGCUCAUCGCCGAGUUCACCAAGAUGGCCCGGGACCCUUCACGCUACCUGGUCAUUCAGGGUGACGAUCGGAUGCAUCUACCCAGUCCCAGCGAUGGGAAAUACUACCGCAGCCUGAUCAGCGGCGUAGACAUGGAGGACGCCGUGGAUGCAGACGAGUACCUGGUGCCCAACCACAACUUCUUCAGCAGCCCCUGCACAUCACGAACUCAGCUCCUGCAGUCUGUGAGCAUGAACAGCAGCAUCGAGACGUGCCACAACAGGAAUGGGAGUGCUGUGCCAGUCAGGGAGAACAGCAUCGUGUUGCGUUAUAUACCUGACCCCACAGACCAGUUUCUCGACGGAGACUUCCAGCCAGCUCCUGAAUAUGUCAAUCAGAAUGGCUGCAACGCGUCAGACAUGGCCAACCCCAACUACCAGCACCCAGGGCCGCCUCGCAAAAUCCUCUCCACAGAGGCCCUUGACGAGACGGAAGAGGAAUAUCUCAACUGCUUCAAAGAACCAGCCGGACCAUCGGGUGGCGCCACUGCUGCCGCUGCUGCUGGAGCAGCAGGUGCUGCUGCUGGCACAGGCACAACCACAGGCCCAGAGUACCUGAACACGUCUCAGCAGAACGGCCUGUUCACUCUCUCGUCAAGUGACGCCAGUGCACUCGGGGUGGGGAGGACGCAGUUCAACCCUCAGAACAGCAUGGACAACCCGGACUACCAGCAGGACUUCUGCCCGCUGGUGUCCAAGCCUAAGCUGAACGGGCAUCUCCCUGCAGCGGAGAAUGUGGAGUACCUGGGCCUGGCGGGUCCCCUGGAGGUACACUAGCACCCCCCCCCCCUUCCUCUCUCAUGGAUGCAUGGGGUGAGGGCUGUGACUAUGACUGAUGUGGCUCGCUUCCCGGAUCCUGUGGGAGACAGACAGCUUGGUCUUGGACAUAAUACUGGUGUUUGUCCAGGGCCUGCUUGGACUCGGACGCUGACACGUGGUGGUUUUUUUUUAAAUACCAGACUUUGUGAAGGAGUUGGAAGCCACACUUCUCUCUCUCUCUCUCUCUCUCUCUCUCUCUCUCUCUCUCUCUCUCUCUCUCUCUCUCUCUCUCUCGCCGAAUGCUGAUUAAUUGCUUCUGUGAACCAGUGAACUUUUCUCUACCCACACACCAAGACCAUGAACUUCUGUACCAGGAUGCUGACGGUCUGGUCAUGAUUUUCAGAGAGAGAGAAUCUCCAGCACCCAAAGAACUAUGACAAAAUAUUUUGUAGCUGCACAUAAUUGAGAAACAUAUCUAGGACAUUGUGAUAUAAAUAAAUGUACACUGUGUUGCUCAUUGGCCAUCCUGAUGGACCCCUUAUGACUAGAAUCUGUUGAAAAAAUAUAUAGAGACUGCAAAAGUUUAGGCACUAGUGAAAAUGCUGUUAUGUAUAACAAAAAUGACAUGAGUAGUCUUUACUCAUAAAAAAACACAACAAGCAGUGGGCAAAGCCCACCAGAAAUGAAUUGAUGUUAGAUGCAAACAAUUUACUUGUAUUAUACUUGUAUUAUACUUGUAUAGGGUUUUUUUUUUCAGGAUACGAAGUAGGCAGUUUUCUGUCAAGAAUUUUGAUGACCCUGCAACUGUUGAAUUCAGGUUGUCUUGAUAUCACCAUUUCUCAAUGUUCUAGUUACCACACUUGGAAGUGUGUCAGCCUAAGUAGUCAUGCCCAGUGACUCGAUACUCUGCAGAGUUCACCAAAGAGUAUCCAAUCACUGGACAUAACUAAUUAUUAGGCUGACACACUUCCAAGUGUGCUUAGUAUAACAUUGAGAAAUGGCCCAUGUAAUGUCCAUUUCCUCAUGUAAUUCCAUGUUGCACUCUUCUCCCCUGGUUCAAUUUGAUGGUCAGUAGCUUUCAACCUUCUAUACAGUCUGUUACUUGUGUAUUAUAAUGAUGCAUCAGUACCUGACUGGAAAAUGCAAAACUGAAAACAGAUUCCGAUGACACACAAAGAAACUAUUUAAAUAUAAAAAAAUAUACACUACACAGCAAGUGAAUCAGCUCAGAUCAAGUGCCUAAUACUUUUGCUCAGAAUCCAUCAUUGGAAGGUCCCUUAACUGAUGUAAUGGAUCACUGUGCUGAAUUGCGAACUAUUCUUAAUAAGUAUUGUUGAGCACAUUGUGUCAAUGAACAUUAGUGAAGCAUUAACUUCUGCAAAGUCUGGCACAGAUAUAGUCAGUGCUUUGAAUAUCCAGACAUUAUGCAAGUUAAGGGAACCUCCAUAUAAAUCCUGGUAGAUAUUUCUUUACUGUGAAUCAUACUAAACAAACAUGGUCAUUUUUUAUAUACAGUGGAAAGAUUUUCUUUGUUAUUGGUACGUUUGUGAAAAGUUAUAGACAGUUAAUAGACUGUUAAUAGACAGCUCUAAAUAGGUAGCCUACUUCUUGAAUGUCAUGUACCCAAACACCCACAUACCCAUGGUACUUGUAGUAUAUGAAACAAAAGUGUUUGUCUAAUGCUGGAGACUUGGCAAAUAUAUAAAAACACUUCUCUUGUAUGCCACUCAUUCAAACGUAAAACAUUGUACAGGGUUAUUAACAGUAUGUGUACUUCCUUUUAUUCACUUUUUCAUAUCCAAAGCCAGUAUUGAACUCACAACAGAUUUGUUUUUGUUUGUGUUGAAAUGAGUCAUAUCAGAUUCAAACGAGUGUGAAACGAGAAAGGAUGUGGUGCACAUUGUUGAGUUGAGAGUCAAGCAUCCUAGCGUUUCAAUACUACCUGGUUUUAUCCUAUCAUAAACAACUGCCUACCGAAGCUGAAACCAAGGACUAUAAUCAACUUCAUCAGCGUCUAUGGAACUGAACUGAACUGAGCUGUAAUUAUUCAUUUCAAAAGUGAAAAAAUAAAAUAAAGCAUAAUGUUUUGUAUCAA